AAAGGAUAACGGUUUCUGUGUCGUUGUGAUUGCUGCGUCAUAGUUUUUAAAAAAAGACUGCUGCGUUGUGUGUUUGGAGCAAGUCUUGGUGUUCCUGAUAAGGACACUCAAUUUAACGAUGGCUUCAACAGACGAAGACCCCACCCAGUCGCUGGUAGCAGAAUUGGUAAAGGCCUUGUAGUCCCAAAGGUCAGCAGAACAGGUAGAUUUGCCCUAUUUUAGACCCGAAGCAAACGAAUCGAGUAAAUGGUUGAUACUGGAGCUGAUUUAUCAUUGAUAUCUGAUAAGUUCCUCUACUUAUUUGAUAAUAAGGUUGUUAGCUGCAAUGUCAUUUUAAAAGGACUAGCUAACGUUACAGUUAAGGCUAAAAUUUCUGGUUUUGAUAUACCGAUGUGUUUUAUUUUUGUUUCUGACGACUGUCUCGAUUAUGAUGUUUUGAUGGGGCGUAAUGUUUUUGAAGAUGAGAGUCUCGCCACCGUAACAGAUCAUCAAGGAUCACGCGUUGUGCGACGUCAGCUGCCUGGCAUAAAUCGCGUUGCAGAAGAUUUUGGUGCUUUAGUCACAGAAGUUGAAGUACCUGAAGAGCAUCACGAGGGUCUUGAAGUUAUACUGCAAGAUUUCAGUUUCAUGAUUACAACAGUCAAUAAAGUUGGUGCAGUGAAUAAUGUCAGCCUGAAAAUUCGUCUUGAAAAGGAUAUUGUCGUCUAUCGAUCAACAUUUUUGGUUUCCGAGGAUGAGAAACUUCAUCAAAUGCUACGCCAAGCACUGUGUAAUUUGUGCAGUAAAAAAAACAAGAACAGGUCCUCUACUGGGGUUCAUACGACCAGUGCACAUACCGAAGGAGCCAUUUCAUACGUUGCACAUGGACUGUUUGGGUCCUUUACCAGCUUCAACUGA